GGAGGCGCUAUAUUUACCACGUCAACUAUAUUGCCGUGAUCAGAUUGGUCGCUUGUGUUUCCCCCUCGAACGUGGCGUAUUUCAAAAGCGCCAGCUUCAAAUCGAAACCGGAGAGUUUUGUUUAGAUUGAUUUGCAAUGGAGGAUCAGAUGAGAAGUUUGUUACGGCGGCUCGUUCGAAGGAUACCGAGUCAAGUUUUAAAAGUGACGCUGAAGAAAUGGGGCCGUUUGACGGCGGCGCAACAACAAAACAUCGAUUCGACUCCAACGAAAUGGGCGUUGACGGACCAACUUCUCGCCAUCAGUGAGGAAAACGGAUGGACUGUUCGACAUGUAGCAGAGUUAGAGAUGAUAUAUGUCAUUGACAAGCCAAACCAGGGGAUGUGGCAUACGUUACGACUUGUGGACCCGAACAGUGAUGCUCAAACUGUUGAUUUGAUCCAGUUCAAGGAACAAUUCAAAUCACACCUGAGUGAGAUCUCAAGACAUGUGUCCGUCAAAAUGAAGAAAAACGCGGACGAAGCCGUUUGGAUCCGCAUCGCGUGGGGGGACAGCUUCUCUCGACCCAACAACAUGAAACCAACAUACGUUGUUCACUAUCUUCAAACCCCGUAUGUGUUUGUGACCAGACUCACGUCCAAGAAGAAACCCUUACUGUAUCAGUCUCUGGUUCGAGCCACCCGCCAUCGAGCAAUCAAGGAUGCGAACCUCAGUGGACAAAACCUCUCAGCGAUUCGAGACUUGCUGAUGCAGCACUAUCAACAGGUUUUCCCAGGCAGGUAUCCCAGCCCUCUUGGAGAAAGGACUCAAAUAACAUCAAACCCCCACGUAGACCAAGAACAAGCUGAGGAAGGAGUAAAAAGACUUCAGAUGGCCUGUGAAGCAUUUGGUGCUGGAAAGCUACCGCAGCUCCAGUCUGUAGUUUACAAGAUGGAGACAAAGUUCAAAGACCCAAAAAACCAGAGGAUGACCCAACGAGAGGAACCGUUCAGAUGCGUCGUCACGUUUAAAAGCAGCAACAUACUGGAGUCACUACGGCACUGCGCUGCUUCGGGAAUUGCUUCCACUCCUUUAACCCCUCUGCUUUCGUCCAUCCCCCGAAAAGGAAGCAAUUAUUUUGUCGUCACAGACAACAUCCCAAGAGCUGCCUCACAAGUCAGCCAACAACCCAAUUAACCUGCCCUCGCAAGUAGACUACCCAAGUUUUUUUUAUUAUUAUUUUUUUGGUUGGAAUGGGGGUAGUUUAUUUGAUUUUAUCUCAUGAAAAGUAGCUGCUAACUUGAUUCUACAUGCAUGUUUUUAAAAGAUCUGAUGUCAUCAAGAUUAAAGGAAGACGCUCCCCAAAAUUCAUAUGUACAAUAAAUCCUCCAUUAUGAACUAAUAUUAUUAUUACAUAUAUUUUGGACAUUAAUUGAAAAUAAAGAACAUUUUGAAAAUCCAAGCAAAAUCUGGAUAUGUGCCAGCUUUCACAGCCAGACCCGGAAGAAACGUCCUCGACCCCGCCCCUGACAUUGCUGGUACUUAGCAUUACAGACCGUUCGUUCUAGCGCGGCCAAGAUGCCAACGUGUUGUGCACCAAACUGCAACAAAACUGAGAAAAACUGUGUGUGUGGGGGGGGGGGGGGGGGGGUAAUCCUUCUCUCACAACACAACACGUAAUACAUAAGUCUUUUCUGGCGCGGAUCAUGGCUUCGGCCGGGGUGGCUCAAGCCGGACCACUGUACAUCGUUGUCGUCGCUCGCGGCUGAGUAUGCUACAUACUGUCGGAGAAUCUGUUAUUACUCAGAAGUGAUCCGCAUAUCAUCUAAGUAUGGUUCGAAACGAUAGGGUAAUAUUGGACCGGUCACUUCACUCAAUUGUGAUACGUUCUCUUCUUCGAAAAGAGCUUCCGUGUCAAAAGGGGACAUCGGGAAAAUCCCAAAAUCUCUGUUGUUCCUUUCCCAUAACAGGUGCCACUCCAUGUUUUUAAUGGCGAAUGUCCCAGUGUGACGUCUGCUGAUGUUGCAGGCAAUAAGGCGACCACUUGGAUGUUGAGUGAGACUUCCGCAACUUCGUGCAUGGAUGACACGCUCUCCGCUUAUAUUUAUUUAUUUGUAUGGACAUUGAAGUGAAUGUUAUAUGUAGUUUUCAUUACAAUAUCUAUUUUAAAAUGUUUUAGGCAUGACAGUGGCCAUUUAAAAUCA